CCCACAUUUCUGCAAUAAAAAAGACUUGUUUCCAUUCUGUAAAGUAUCAGGUUCUUCUCCUUUUAAGAGACAGAGAAAGAAAGACCACAAAAACAAAACAGAGUUCAAGAUGUGGAACUUUGCUCUCAAGCUGUUGUUUCUCAUCUUUAUAAUCAACACCACCACUACUACUCUAGUUAGUGCUACUGACCACAUUGUUGGUGCAAACAAAGGUUGGAAUCCAGGAAUCAACUACACCAUUUGGGCUAAUAACCAUACUUUCUAUGUUGGUGAUCUCAUUUCUUUCAGGUACACGAAAAAUCAGUACAAUGUAUUUGAAGUGAACCAAACAGGUUAUGAUAACUGUACGAUAGAAGGAGCAACAGGAAAUUGGAGCAAAGGAAAAGAUUUCAUUCUUUUAGAUAAAGCUCAACGUUAUUACUUCAUCUGUGGAACUGGUGGUUGUUUUAAUGGAAUGAAAGUUACUGUUCUUGUUCAUCCACUCCCUUCUCCUCCUUCUUCAAAUAAUCAUACUUCUGCUGAUCAGAAAUCUGCUGCUGCUACUUAUCAGAUAGUUUCUUGGUCUUCUUCUUUAAUGGUGUUGGUUUCUCUUAUUCUUCCGAUCUGGUUCUAAUCCGUACCGGUUCUUUCUCCUUUUAUGAUUCAUUUGUUUUGAGUAAAGCUGUUGUUUGUACCGAAUGCUGAUGUAGCGAUGAUACAUUAUGUACUAUUUUAGUCCAAAUUUGGUUUUGGAGUUACUAUACGUAUAUUUUUAGAUUUUUGUAUUCUUUUUUAUAAUUGUUCUGUAUUAAAUUUUCCAGCUUAGUAUCACGGAAUCACAAUCAGUGGGCUGGAAACGGUGCUGGACCACCAAGACUCUCUUGUCA